GGUGGCAAGGUCUCCCUGGGCUCCGCGGUCACGGCGUGCCCUGCGUGUGCGCCUAGCCGUCGGGGAGACCCGGAGAGGCUCGGGGGCUUGUCGGCCUGGGCAAGGGUUGGGGUGCGAGAAAGCCCCAGCGAUGGUGUGCAGGACGUGAACAGGUCGGGGCACAGCCUUGGGGAUGGCGCUCAGGUUGGCUGAGCUCUGGCCGGAUUGAGAUCCCUCAGCCUUUGAACCAGCGGUGUAGCUGGUGGCGGCGGGGAGCUCAGGAGUGGGCAGGGGGCAGCUAAGGGGUCUCCACCGCCUCCAGCGCAGAGGUCUUCGGAGCCCAGCCUGCCACCGUCGGAGUCUCUGCGUAUGAGAGCCAGAAAAUUAUCCUUUGACCAUGUCACAGAAUGGAUACCUUGAGGAUUCCAGUGAGUACUUCCCAGCUACAUCUCUGGGAUACUUCAAGAGUGACAUGGAUGAUAACCCUGAAUUUCGGGAAGAGAGCCUAGGGGAUGAGGCCUUUGACACAGUCAACUCCUCCAUUGUGUCUGGCGAGAGCAUCCGUUUUUUUGUCAAUGUCAACCUUGAAGUGCAGCCAUCCAAAUCAGACAUUGAAACAGCAACUGGUGGCUGUGUGCUCCUACAUACCUCCCGCAAGUACCUGAAAUUAAAGAACUUCAAGGAGGAGAUCCGUGCACACCGGGACUUGGAUGGCUUCCUGGCACAGGCCAGCAUCAUCUUGAACGAGACAGCUACCUCUCUGGAUGAUGUGCUGAGAACUAUGCUAAACCGCUUUGCCCAGGACCCUAACCAUGCAGAACCUAACUGUGACCUGGACCUGCUUAUGGCUAAGCUCUUUACAGAUGCUGGAGCCCCCAUGGAGGGGAAAGUCCACCUGCUGUCAGAUACCAUCCAAGGGGUGACUGCCACUGUGAGAGGGGUACAGUACCAACAGUCAUGGCUCUGUAUCAUCUGUACCAUGAAGGCCCUACAGAAGCGGCACGUGUGCAUCAGUCGCCUGGUUCGGCCACAAAACUGGGGGGAAAACUCCUGUGAGGUUCGUUUUGUCAUCCUGGUGCUGGCCCCACCCAAGAUGAAAAGCACCAAGACAGCAACGGAGGUAGCACGUACAUUUGCCACCAUGUUCUCAGACAUCACCUUCCGCCAGAAGCUCCUGAAGACCCGCACAGAGGAAGAAUUCAAGGAGGCCUUGGUGCAUCAGAGACAGCUGCUUACCAUGACAGUGCCAAGAGCAAAGGGACAUAGCAUGAGCUCCCUCCAUACUCACAGACACUCUCAGCCCCCAAAGUGGAAGGAUUUUGUCCCUUUUGGGAAAGGCAUCUCGGAGGACAUCAUGCGCAGGUUCCCUGUGUACCCACUGGACUUCACAGAUGGCAUUAUUGGGAAAGGCAAAGCUAUAGGCAAAUACAUCACCACCACUCUGUUCCUCUACUUCGCCUGCCUCUUACCCACCAUCGCUUUUGGGUCUCUCAAUGAUGAGAACACAAAUGGGGCCAUCGAUGUGCAGAAGACCAUAGCUGGGCAGAGCAUCGGAGGCCUCUUGUACGCGCUUUUCUCCGGGCAGCCACUGGUGAUACUGCUGACAACCGCACCCCUGGCCAUCUACAUCCAGGUGAUCCGUGUCAUCUGUGACGAUUACAACCUGGAUUUCAACUCCUUCUAUGCGUGGACGGGCCUGUGGAACAGUUUCUUUCUUGCACUUUAUGCCUUCUUCAACCUCAGCCUGGUUAUGAAUCUCUUCAAGAGGUCAACAGAAGAGAUCAUUGCCCUCUUCAUUUCUAUCACAUUUGUGCUGGAUGCUGUCAAGGGCAUGGUCAAAAUCUUCUGGAAGUACUAUUAUGGUCACCACUACACAAAAAGGACUUCAUCCUUGGCGAGCCUGCUGAGCAUCAGUACCAGCCCCAACACCAGCUUCCACGCUGCCCUCAACACCAGCCUCCUGGCCAGCCCCAUAGAGCUGGCCACGGCCAGCAGCCCCAACACCACUCACUCGGGCCAGGCCACUGCCGUGCUCAGCCUCCUCAUCAUGCUGGGCACACUCUGGCUGGGCUACACCCUCUACCAGUUCAAGAAAAGCCCCUACCUGCACCCGCGUGUGCGUGAAAUCCUGUCUGACUGCGCCCUGCCCAUUGCGGUGCUCUCCUCCUCCCUCAUCAGCUCCUGUGGCUUCCAGGACAUUGAGAUGAGCAAAUUCCGAUACAAUCCCAGCGAGAACCUCUUUGAGAUGGCGCAGAUACACUCUCUGUCCCUGGAGGCCAUUGGCAGUGCCAUGGGCCUUGGCUUCCUGCUCUCCUUGCUCUUCUUCAUUGAGCAGAACCUAGUGGCUGCCCUGGUCAAUGCACCAGAGAACAGGCUGGUGAAGGGCACUGCCUACCAUUGGGACCUCCUAUUGCUGGCCAUCAUCAACACAGGGCUGUCUCUGUUUGGGCUGCCCUGGAUCCAUGCCGCCUAUCCCCACUCCCCUCUGCAUGUGAGGGCACUGGCUUUAGUGGAGGAACGUGUGGAGAAUGGGCACAUUUAUGAGACAAUUGUGAAUGUGAAGGAGACAAGGCUGACCUCACUGGGUGCUAGUGUGCUGGUAGGCCUCUCCCUGCUGCUGCUGCCCUUCCCACUGCAGUGGAUCCCAAAGCCUGUGCUCUAUGGGCUCUUCCUCUACAUCGCUCUCACCUCCCUGGACGGCAACCAGCUCUUCUCGCGUGUGGCCCUACUGCUCAAGGAGCAGACAUCAUACCCACCAACACACUACGUCCGGAGGGUGCCCCAGAGAAAGAUCCACUACUUCACAGGCCUGCAGGUCUUACAGCUGCUGUUGCUCUGUGCCUUUGGCAUGAGCUCCCUGCCCUACAUGAAGAUGAUCUUUCCCCUCAUCAUGAUUGCCAUGAUUCCUAUCCGCUACAACCUGCUACCCCGAAUCAUCGAAGCCAAAUACUUAGAUGUCAUGGAUGCUGAACACAGGCCUUGACGCUUGACCCACAUCCCUGGCCCUUGCCACCUUCCCCAUCCUUUCAGGCCAGCCCUGUGGCUAGAUAGGAAGAUGUGGGCAUUGUGGUCAUGGGUCUGUGCUAUGUCCUCCAAGCUGUCUCACAGGACUAACCACCCUGGAUUCAGUGGUUUGUGGCCAUCUCUCCCCAUUGCCCUUUAGCUUUGGGUCAGAAACACUGACCAGGGUAGGACUAAGUAGAGUGGAUUUUCUUUUGAUAAAAGAGUUGUUGCCCAGAAGCGAAACCAUUUCCUUGAUUGUGUAAGGAAUUCACUUGUGUACACAUCAGAAAAUAAAGGCCCUGUUUCUAUGCUUCUA